UUGAGUAUCAUUAAAAUGGCUAACCUACGUACUCAAAAGAGACUCGCAGCAUCUGUGUUGGGCUGUGGUAAGAGAAAGGUCUGGUUGGAUCCUAACGAGACCACCGAGCUCGCUCAGGCCAACUCCAGACAAGCCAUUAGAAAAUUGUUCAGAAAUGGUACCAUUGUCAAGAAGCCAGUGACUGUCCACUCUAGAUCUCACGCCAGAGCCUUGGCUGAGUCCAGAAGAAACGGUAGACACAUGGGUUACGGUAAGAGAAAGGGUACUGCCGAGGCUAGAAUGCCAUCUCAAGUCCUGUGGAUGAGAAGAUUGAGAGUCUUGAGACGUCUCUUGGCCAAAUACAGAGCUGCUGGAAAGAUCGACAGACACCUUUACCACUCUUUGUACAAGGCUGCCAAGGGUAACACUUUCAAACACAAGAGAGCUUUGGUUGAGCACAUUAUUCAAGCUAAGGCCGAGGCCGCCAGAGAGAAGGUCCUGAAGGAGGAGGCAGAGGCUAGAAGAUUGAGAAACAGAGCCGCUAGAGAGAGAAGACAGCAGAGAAUUUCUGAGAAGAGAGAGGGUCUUGUCAAGGAGGAGUAA